AUGGCAAAACAAUCUUCUGAUUUAAAUUCUGAGUGUGAGAGUGAAGGUGGACAAUUGCAGCCUGCUGAAAGGCCAGCUCAGCCUCCUCACCUUCGACCUGGGGCCCCUACCUCCUUACAAACUGAAUAUCAAGGUAAUCAUUUGGGUGAACUGGACAGUUCAUCACCCGGUAGCCCUCAGGGACCACUGGUACCACCCUCCAGUCCCAGUCCAUUUGCUACCAGAUCCCCGUUGUUCAUGUUUGUAAGAAGAUCCCCACUGCUGUCCAGAUCCUCCAGUGGGUAUUUCUCUUUUGACAUCGACAGGAGUUCUGCACCUAUGAAUUGUGACAAAGCUACACAGACUCCAAGUCCCCCGUGUCAAGCUAUCAAUCAUUAUCUAAGUGCAAUGGCUUCCAGAUGGCAGUCACGGCCAAUACCUGAGGAUAUGCAGCCAGAAAUAUGGAUUGCACAGGAAUUACGGCGUAUUGGAGAUGAAUUUAAUGCUUCCUACUGUCCAAGAAGGGGUUUAUUGGAUUACCAAGGAGUAAAUCAUCAGAUCAUAAUUUUGCGCCUCUUGCAUUACAUCGUCCGCUUCAUAUGGAGAAUGCAGUGACUAGGACUUCAAGAGGCCAUGAAGAUUGUUUACUUGGUUCUAGCAACAAAGCCCAUGAACAAUCUCUUUGGAUGCAGCUAAUAGCCCUUCCUGACUUGGGACAUCCAGCAAAUUCAAGGAGCAAGAGGACUCCAUAUUGGGGAAUUAACAAAUUAUGAUGGAUUUUUGGAAAUGGGUCAACAUUGUUUAGAAAAGAUUUCAUAUGACAGUAGAGUUGACACCAUGUUUUGGUGAUGAAACUUUUUU